GGUUGGGAAAAAUCCAACUAGAGAAGAGCAUAAAAGUAGACAUCUGAUCAACCCGACCCAUAAUAACCUUUUUUUGUUGGCCGCGUAAUAUGUUCGAGCGCGGCCAUCACACUAAGAACAUUCAUAAAAAAAAAUCCACAGGAUUCAAAGCCCUUAAGCUUUGAUCAUAGUCUCUUAAAGAGGUAGUAAAACCAUAAACUAGAGCCCCAAUUUGCAUUCACAAGCCACCUAACACAUUAGCUUCUGGUCAUUUCUGCUUUAUAUACACAUCAAGUAAAAAAUGGUGAGAAGAAGAGAAGGUCUUACAUUGCCAAUCAUAAAACCGGCGCUUCCCGAGGUCAGAUCAGCAGCGACAACGCCGGUGGCCUCACAGAAACCAAAACAUCGUUUAUCGAAACAACUAUCUAUGUGUGAAACACCAAGAGACGUUGCUUGGGAAAGAAGAAGGCGUCAGAUGAUAAUGAUUCAAGAAAAGAAGCUGCUUCAUAAGGGCGCUUCAGACAAUCUUUGUAUACAGGCGAAUCUAACGGAUGAAGAUUUAAACGAGCUAAAAGGAUCGAUUGAGCUAGGUUUCGGUUUCAAUGAAGAAGCAGGACAAAAGCUUUGUAAUACAUUACCAGCUCUUGAUCUUUACUUUGCAGUGAAUCGUCAGCUCUCGCCUCUUCCUUCACCUAGCAGCAGCCGUAGCAGCAGUGCAUCUGCGUCAACUUUCUCAUACAGUAUACCUUGUAGUCCAAAGAAAACUGAUUCAGAUUCUGUUAAAAUCUUAUGCCCAGGGGACGAUCCUCAACAAAUGAAGCAGAGGUUGAGACAUUGGGCACAAGCAGUUGCAUGUUCUAUUUCUGAUAAUCAGACAGACAGACACAAACAAACACCGGUAUCGACGAACGGAACUAACUCCGAUAUCCAAAACCCACUCCAAGUUUCACGAACGAAGGGCUUAGUAUCUGCCAUGGCUCCUGAUGCUUCUACUGCUCUUGCAGCGAGGGAGAAAGUUCAGCAAAUCCUGAAUGCAGCUUGUACCGGAAAUCUCGAAUUCCUUAAGAAUGUUGCUAAGCAGCUUGAUGAAGGAAAAGACUUGACGAAAACUGUGGAGAGUAUUAAAGACGCAAACAAACGUGGAGCGCUUCACUUCGCUGCGAGAGAAGGACAAACUGAAAUAUGCAGAUAUCUUUUGGAAGAACUGAAACUCAAUGCUGAUGCAAAAGAUGAAACUGGUGAUACUCCGCUUGUUCAUGCUGCGAGGCAAGGACAGAUUGAAACGGUUAAGUAUCUUUUAGAGCAAGGAGCUGAUCCCAAUAUAGCUAGUGAACUAGGAGCCACAGCUUUGCAUCAUGCGGCUGGGACAGGAGAAAUCGAGUUGCUAAAGGAAUUGCUCUCUAGAGGUGUUCCUGUUGAUUCUGAAAGUGAAUCUGGCACGCCAUUAAUCUGGGCUGCUGGCCACGACCAAAAAAAUGCUGUGGAAGUCUUGUUAGAACACAAUGCCAAUCCUAAUGCUGAGACUGAAGAUAAUAUCACACCGUUAUUAUCUGCAGUGGCAGCGGGUUCUCUGUCAUGCUUAGAGUUGUUGGUCAAGGCAGGUGCCAAAGCUAACGUUUUUGCUGGUGGUGCAACUCCAUUGCACAUUGCGGCUGAUAUUGGAAACCUUGAGUUAAUUAACUGUUUACUUAAAGCCGGGGCUGAUCCGAAUCAGAAAGAUGAGGAGGGUAAUAGGCCAUUAGAAGUUGCAGCUGCUAGAGACAACAGAAAGGUUGUUGAGAUCCUCUUCCCAUUGACAACAAAACCAGAAACUGUUUCGGACUGGACAGUAGAUGGAAUUCUCGCUCACAUGGAAUCAAACAAAGAACAAGAGGAAAACUCAAACAAGGCGAAAUCCCAAGAGACUGGGAUCAAGAAAGAUCUUCCUGUGGUCUCCCCAGAAGCAAAGGCAAAAGCCGCAGAAGCAAAAGCCAGAGGACAAGACGCCUUUCACAGAAAGGAUUUUCAGAUGGCUAUUGAUGCUUAUACACAAGCAAUUGAUUUUGACCCAACGGAUCAUACCUUAUUCUCAAACCGAAGCCUCUGCUGGUUGCGACUAGGACAAGCUGAGCAUGCCUUAUCUGAUGCUAAAGCCUGCAGAGAACUAAACCCAGAUUGGCCUAAAGGUUGCUUCAGAGAAGGCGCUGCUCUGCGUUUGCUACAGCGGUUUGACGAGGCAGCCAAUGCUUUCUACGAGGGAGUAUUGCUUAGCCCUGAAAGCAAAGAGCUCAUUGAUGCUUUCAGAGAAGCUGUAGAUGCCGGAAGGAAGUUUCACGGCAAGGGUGAGGUUAAGGCCAAAUCAUAAGAUCUUCGAGAGAUGGUUUAUGUAGUAUAUGUAUGAAGUUUUGAUCUACUUCUUACCUUUGUUCUCCCUUGUGCACUAUUCUUAGGAACAAAGUUUUGUUUGUGGUCGAAUUUGGUAAUUUGUCCGAGUUUACAGCUUAGAUAAAAAAGAGUUGGUAAUACAUUAGACUGAUUUUG